CCCUCACAAAUUUCGUCUUUUGUCCAUUGUAAUGGAUCGAUAUUGUAUAGUUUGUGGCGAGGUGCCGACAUCCACCUACACUUAUCCAUAUAGCAUUGAGGAAGCAAUAAAGUGGCAAAAGAUGCUUUCUGUCUACGUUCCUGUUGAGACUUUGCGCCAUCACUGCUGUGUCUGCAACAAGCAUAUCGCAAAUUCAAAGUCCCAAGAAAGUGUAUCCAAAAGAUCUGCGAUUGGUGAGCGGAGCAAACACAACGAUUUAAAUGAGCAACGGUUAAGUGUAAAAUUCAAGGAAUCUGAUGCGAUCCAUUAUUUCGGAAAAAAUAAAUUAGAAUCCAAGGAUUUUAAUGGCUCGCAAUCGUCGGACUCUCAAAGUGAUGCAACUCAGAGACAGCUGCGCCGAAAAGAUGGUUGUACACAAUUGUCCAAGUCAUCGGAGCCACAGAUCAGGAGUAACCCGAUAUGGGCACCUUCGGCGGUCACAGAUAGUGACUUUGCCAACUCCCUCAUGUCUUCUGUGUUGAGCGAUGAGAUUGAAGAAAGAAGUACUUCCGGUUUCGAAACUGCGACACAGUCAUCCGCAUCGUGUCCUUGUGGCUACUCUUGUGGAUUCUCCAAUUCAGACAGUAGCAAUAUGAGAGAUCAGAACUCAACAUGCAUGUGUGGACAGUCUUGUCCGCAAAUGGCUUUGGAAAAUGCGAGAAUGAAACAGUGGUCACAAGGAUGCACUGCAGCCCAAGUGAACAGUGAUCAAUCCUACGAAUCUUCAUUAAAUAACACAUAUUCAAGUGGUAUUCCUUUGAGGAAUGGCAAUCAAAGACUGGGUCAACAACAACAUCAAGAGUGUCAAUGUAGUCUUACUCCUGACAGCUGCGAUCAGGUGCUGCAGUGUCCAUCUCAAGGGCUCAAUCCAAUUCCAAUCCCAAAGAAAAGUUGCUACUGCGAGCUGAACAGCAACACAACGCUUUGCAGUAAUUUCUACGAUAGCAAAUCUAUUCAAACCAAUCAAACAAAUUCAAGUAAUGCCCAUUCUGGGAUUUCCAACCGCGUAGGAGCAGUCAAUAAUUGCAUUAACAAUCAAUUAGGUCAAGCUCCGAUCAAUGUGUUAAUCAUGGGUGGUUCUAUGGUGCCAUCCUAUUACACUUGCUCCGACAAUCGCCAAUCUAUGCUCUCGGAAAUCUGUGUACUGGAGUCGGACUUGGCUCAUGAAGGUGCCAAAUUUCUCGAUGUGGAUGUGCCCAAGUAUACAAUCUGUCGUACACCUCAGGAACGUAAAGAUAAUGGUGGGAACGGAGUUGUAAAAAAGGAGAGUUUUACCGAGGUAUUAUUAAUGGGUAAAGCUCCCAGUAUUGAAUGCACGUGUCCUGAUUCUAAAACUAAGCAACCUUUCAAUUCGGAUAAUAAUUCCAAAGAUCUGAAUUGCAACGAGCUUAUGAGGAAUCAAGAAACGCGCAUGCUGGAACUGGAGAGCCUUUUGACCCAGCAACAUAAACUGCAACAGUCCAUUCAGGCAAAAUUAAAUGAGUUACAGAAUACAACUAGUGCAGGAAAAAAGUCGGGAGCACCUAAAGCUAAUGCCAAUGGAAAUGUGCCACUAAAAAUGUCUCCGACAAUGGGUAAAUCGCUGGCGAAGUGAGUGGGGGCGCAGGCAUCGUAUCCCUUAUAAUUUUUAACUUGUAAAAUUUUGAAAAUCAAAUAUACACCUCCCAGCCCAAAAGA